GGGUGAAGUUGAAAGAGAUUGACUUUCAUGCUCUCUUGUUGCGUUGGGCUCACAUGAAGCAAGAACGCAGGCAAGGGAAAACGAAGUUGAUCUUCUUCAAACUCCGCAUUAACGGCUGUUACAUCCGUGCGCUGACUGAUUAUGGUGCAACCGCCAACUACUUCUACGACGUUCGUAAGGCACGCUUGGGAAUGAAGCAAGUGACUUUGCAGAAUCCUUGUCGGACCCAAGUGGGCAACCAAGAGGUUGUCACAUCUACGCAUGUAUUCAAAGGUGGAUGCAAGGUCUUCAGCAAGAUCGAUCUCAAGUUUGAUGAUCUGCUUGAUGCUGCAAGUGGAUGCAAGGUCUUCAGCAAGAUCGAUCUCAAGUCUGGUUACCACCAGGUUGAAGUCGACCCCGCUGACCAACACAAAAUUGCAUUCAAAACUCGCGAUGGGCUGUACGAGUUUACCAUCAGGCCCUUCGGUCUCACAAAUUCACCAGCCACCUUCCAGAGUCUCAUGGACAAGGUGUUCCGUAGUCAAAUCAAUCGAUUUGGCGUUGUUUAUCUGGAUGACAUACUAAUCUGCAGCAAGUCGAUGAAGGAGAACAUGAGACACCUUGAGGAAGUGUUGCAGAUCCUCAAGGAUGCGCAACUCCAUCUCAACUUAGAGAAAUCUGAGUUUGGGAGGGACAACGUCAUCUACCUUGGACAUCGGUUGUCCGCUGCAGGUCUAGAGCUCGAGGCAACCAAAUUUGAGGUCAUCCGCAAAUGGCCUCAACCGACAAAUGUCCGAGAGUUGCGUUCUUUUCUUGGUCUCGCGUCAUACUACCGUACGUUUGUACCCAAAUUCUCUAUCAUCGCCCGUCCGCUGUCCAAAUUGACAAGCAAGAACGUGUCUUACACGUGGGAUGGGGAAUGCACAACCGCCUUCCAAGCAUUGAAGGAGGCUUUGCUAGAACUUCUGUGCUCACAAGUGGCCAAGAUGGCCAAUCUUGCAAGUGCUGACGGUGCAACAGCGAUCCGUGUUGUGGCGUCUCCGUAUCGAAUCUGCCCAAUCGGCGCUCAUAUUGAUCACCAGGGUGGACCUGUGACGGCAAUGGCUAUCAGCGCAGGUGUACUUCUUGGCUUCGUUCCAUCCAAAACUUCAGAGGUGAGGUUACGGUCAAACCAGUUUCGAGGAGAGGUGCACUUCAGCGUUGAUGCAGUGCCAGCCAAAAGAAAUCCUGAAAACGAGAAUGAAAUACAAAACAGGGAGGCUCAUUCAGAUCACAGCGUGCUUUUUGAAGACGACAUACAAGAACAUCAUGAAGAGCAUGAGGAGGAGGAGAAAUGUUGGGGUAAUUUCAUCAGAGGAGCUGCAGUGGCAUUGAAACAUCGCGGUUAUGAACUAGAUCAGGGAAUAAUUGGUAUUGUGGAUGGCACAAGAGGGAUGGAAGAGGGUGGGGUGAGCUCAUCUGCAGCGGUAGGUGUUGCCUGCCUGCUUGCGCUGGAAAAUGCCAAUGGGAUUCAUAUCAGUGCUGAGGAGAACAUCGAACUUGAUAGGCUGAUCGAAAAUGGGUACUUGGGAUUGCGAAAUGGAAUACUCGAUCAAUCUGCUAUCCUCCUCUCACGGCAGAAUUGUUUAACUGUAAUUGAUUGUAAGGAGCGAACACAUAUGUUGGUCAAGUCCGCAGGCGGAGGUUGCAAUCCAGAUGAGCAGGAAGAUGGAAUUGCUGCAGUUACAGGGCCCGGCGACCGGUUCCAAAUUCUUCUUGCCUUUUCGGGACUGAAGAAGGCUUUGACUAGCACGCCCGGAUACAAUCGCCGAGUUGAUGAAUGCUGUGAGGCGGCAAGAAUAUUAAUGAAAGCAGCGCGCCAAUCAACGGAUGAGAAACCCCUUCUUGGAAACAUCACAAUGGAGGAGUACACUGCGCAUAAGGAGGAGCUAGGCGAGGUUCAUGCUAAACGUGCGGCGCAUUUUUUUGGCGAGGUCCGACGAGUAUACAGAGGACUUGAGGAAUGGAAGUGUGGCAAUCUUGCAGGCUUCGGCAAGCUCGUAUCCGAGUCUGGGGCAAGCUCCAUCAACAACUAUGAAUGCG